UGGGUAUGUWUCUACGGGAGUGAGAGGUUCAACUCUGGAGAAAACGCCAAGGAAACUAGCAAGGACCCCCCCACAAAUUUUAAAUUCGAAUUUUGCUAUUGGAACCAUUACCACUGCCCGGGAGCUGGAUUAAAUUGAGACAACUUUUUGGUUUAAUUCUCUUUGAAAAACACAGAAUAACGAUGGGUUCCCAKGCGUCCAAGGGAGGGGUAGCUGUGGAGGCGAAUGCUGCCGAUGCCGCCACGGUCAAAACUAAUGGACAGGAGAAUGGCCAUGUCAAGUCCAAUGGUGACGCCACAGACACGGCCACUCCAAAUGGUUCUGCCGACGCCAAGGAGCCUGAAGCGGGUGCCGGAGGGGARGCCAUCGAGCCAGCGCCCGCCYCCGAWGGUGAGGCCGCCAAACCAGAAGGUGAGGCCGUUGCCAAGGGUAUCUCCAAGAAGAAGAAGAAUUUCUUCCUGAAGAAAUCUUUCAACUUCAAGGGCCUGAAACUGAAGAAGACCAAGAAGGAGGAGGCGGCCGCUGAGGAGAAACCUGCAGAGAACGGAGCUGCUGUGGCUACGGAGGAGAAGAAAGCAGAGGAGGGGAAGGAGGAGGUUGUGGCGGCUGCUGCAGAAGCCCCUAAGGCCGAGGAGGUGCAGGCUAAAGCAGAGGAGGUGCAGGCUAAAGCAGAGGAGGAACCUAAGGAGGAGGAGGAGGUAAAGGAGGCUGCCGCACCUGCACCAGAGCCCACCAAACCAACAGAGGAGACCAGCUCGACCCCCGCGGCAGAGGCCCCCUCCCAACAGAAUGCAGAGUGAUUGUAUCUUUACCGACAACAAAGGACUUGUGUGGACUGUUUUUCAAGAGAGAGAGAGAAAAUAGUUAGAAAUAUAUAUUUCUAUAUAUGUGUAUAUGUAUACAUAUGUAUGGAUAUAUGUAUAUGUAAAUAUAUACACAUUUAUGUGAGACUCCAUUGUGUCACUUUUGUCAUUGUAACAAGAUGACAGACUAGAUUCACUAGUUCACUUCCCUGGUUARGGCGAGACAGGGUCGACCUGGUAGUAUUAUGUGCUGGUUGCUAUGGAACAAUGGGAUUUAUUGGACAACAAAGUGGAAGACACAGUUAUGGAUGGGAGUCGAGUUGACCUGUCUUUUCCCCAAAACACCCGACUCAAAAAAAAUAUUCCAUAUGUAGGAAUGAACUGGAUAGGACAGGACACCAACCCAACCACCACAUGAAAUGACUAUUAAUAAAAA